UAGGCUAGCUAGCUGUCCAUCCCCCCCUCUCUCCAUCGUCCCCUUCCGCCAUUGCCACUAGUGAGUGCCGCUGGUGCACCCCUCCCCUGCGAUCGUCCUCCUCUUCUCCCUCUCGUAAGCUUCUCCAUGGAUGUUGUUGUGUCGCGAUCUUUUAUUUCGUGGUUGCGGAGCUCGGACCUCGGCGAGGCGACGCGCUGAAGCUUUGCCUCGUCUUUCGCGGGGCCGUGUCUGGUUUGUGGACGCGGAGCUGUUCGCUGUGAGUUGGUGUAUGUCCUGGUUGGAGCAUGGCACACUUCCCCCUCUAACCUACGAACGAGAAAGUCGACGAUGGAGGGUUAGAAUAAGGGUCUGGUUACAUCCCGUCGGCUUCCUCUUGGUCUCAGCACACACGCUCUUCCAAACCAGCUGAUCUCAUGCGCCGUAACAGCGAUUAUCUAAGCUGCUAAAAAACGUUUCUCGAUGGCAUUCAGAAAGAAUCCACCGAAUCUGCCCUUGCGGAACCAUUCCAGGAAUGGCGGGUACCGGGUUUCUGUUAUUGGCCUCCUAUUAAUAUCUGUCCUCGCCCCUAUUUUGAUCUUGGCGACAAGGACGUCGAACUUCGUAUCAGCAGGCUUAAAUGGUGACCAAUCAUCUGUCUCGUCAAGGAUAGAGGAGAUUCGACGACGCAGUGCGUUGGAAGGCAUAGAAGCUCUGCUUCCUAAAGAGGUAUUGGACCUAGUUAAUUCUAAACCAGAACGCACUGGACCUCUGAAUUUGAAUAUCGUUGGCCACAAAGAUAGGUCCUCAUCUUGGGUUCAAGAAGAGGGCAGGCUUUCUUCAAGGAAGUCCCAGUCUUAUGAGGACGCCAAGGUGGCCUCAGACAGUGGAGACAAGAAUAAGGUCGGUAAUGAAGAAUGGGAUGGCGAGAAGACGGUGAAUGGCAUGAUCUCGCAAGUCGUCGAGGCCAAGGAUGAUUCAAAGACUGAAUCCAAUUCCACGGAUUCCUCUAAGGAGGUAGGAAGCAGCGUCAGCACGUGGAAGCGAGAUUCGGAUACUGAGAACUCGGAUGCCCUUGUCCGGCUGAUGCGGGACCAGUUGAUCAUGGCACGAGCUUAUGCCAACAUUGCUCAAGGUCAAGGUCACUACGACUUAGUUCGUGACCUGAAGCUGCAAAUUAAGGAACAUACAAACGUCGUUGGAGAUGCCAAUGUGGAUGCUGAAUUGCCAGCAGGCGCUGAAGGCAAAAUGAAGUCUAUGAGUGCGCUUUUGGUUGAAGCUCGUGAGAAGCACUACGAGAAUGCGGUAAUGAUAAAGAAGUUGAGAGCAAUGUUACAGUCUACUGAGGAUAACGCCCGAAUGCUGAAGAAGCAAAGCACUUUCCUAAGUCAGUUGGCUGCCAAAACUGUACCGAAAGGACUGCAUUGCUUCUCGAUGCGUCUAACCGUGGAAUAUCAUACGCUUUCGUCUGCCGAGCAGGAGUUCGAACGCAAGGAAAAGCUGGAGGACCCUGAUCUUUAUCAUUAUGCCCUUUUUUCUGACAACAUCCUGGCAGCAGCACUUGUGGUGAACUCGACCAUUCUAAAUGCUAAGGAACCAGAAAAGCACGUGUUUCACAUUGUCACUGACAAGCUAAAUUAUGGUGCUAUGAAGAUGUGGUUUUUGGCAAACCUUCCUGGCGAUGCCACCAUUGAAGUGCAAAACGUCGAUGACUUCAAAUGGCUGAACUCCUCUUACUGUCCUGUGCUGAAGCAACUGGAGUCUUCUUCCAUGAAGGACUAUUAUUUUAAGGCUGACCAAACUAAUCCCCUUGCAGCAGGAACAUCUAAUCUCAAGUACAGAAACCCGAAGUACUUGUCUAUGCUCAAUCACCUGCGGUUUUACUUACCAGAGGUGUUCCCAAAGCUUGACAAAAUCCUGUUUCUUGAUGAUGAUAUCGUCGUCCAAAAGGAUCUCACUCCUCUCUGGGACAUUGAUCUAAACGGCAAUGUCAACGGGGCUGUUGAAACUUGUGGUGCCAGCUUUCAUCGGUUUGAUAAGUACUUAAACUUUUCUAAUCCUUUGAUUUCGGAAAACUUUGAUCCCAACGCCUGUGGAUGGGCCUAUGGGAUGAACGUCUUCGACUUGAAGCAGUGGAAGAAAGAAGACAUCACCGGCAUUUACCAUAGGUGGCAAAGCCUGAAUGAGGAUCGUACUUUAUGGAAGCUUGGAACACUACCUCCGGGUCUCAUUACGUUCUACAAUUUGACCCAACCUCUGGAGAAGUCGUGGCACGUUCUUGGACUCGGUUACAACCCCGCCAUUGAGGAGUCAGAAAUCGAGACUGCAGCAGUUAUUCAUUGGAAUGGCAAUAUGAAACCAUGGUUGGAGAUUGGGAUGGUGAAAUUCAAACCCUACUGGACUAAGUUUGUCAAGUACAACCACCCUUUCUUACAGCAAUGCAACAUCAACGAAUAGAGCUGCUGCUCCGAGUGUGGUCGCUAUGACUCAUCAUGCAGUUACAAAGAGGUGGUCUGUGAGCGAAAGUGCUGCUUCAAGGGCUACCUCUGUAGUCUCGCCAUCAGUGCGUGCCUUGACUACAGGGACCGGUAACCCGCUUGCACUUUGUUGCAGUAGUCUAGCCUCUUUCAAAUAAUUCUUUCUGUCUCCAUGUAACUGGGUCUCGCUGUAUCGUACCACCAAAUGAGUAGAAACACACCACCAAUUGUAGCGUAGGCCCUCGUGGAUGAGAAAUACGUCUCGGUCUCUGUCAGGCCGUCAAGCUGAGCCGGUUGCCAUGACGAGUUAAUCCUGCUGGGAUUCAGGCGACCGCUAGAGGAAGGCUUGUCAACCUGCCUACUUGUACUCUAUAUAGUUAAUAGUAGCAUAGUUUUCAACCCAUUCAUAUGUAAAUUGCUUUUGGAUUCUGAUUGCUCGUUUCAUAAGAAUCCACUUGCGUAAUGCCAUCACCUAUUCUUGGUGAUGCUUUAUGCUUCCGUGCUUUUGUUUA